ACAUGCGUAAAUAAACUUAUGAAAUAGCGGGAAAUCGCACAUUUUGUCAACGAAGCAGUAUAAAGAAAAACAACGCAUUUAACAGAGAAAGAAAUGACCGAACAACUGACAGCAGGGGCUCUAGAGUCCAUCAUUGGAGGAGAGUCUGUCGCCCACCCUGUUUUACAAGUUCUUAGUUCUAAACGAAUAUCUGCCCAAGGCUCAACUGCGGACAGAUAUAGACUCCUGUUGUCUGAUGGAGAGACAUCAUAUUCACAUGCCAUGUUGGCAACACAGUUGAACACUUUGAUGGAAAGUGGUGACAUGGACAACUUAGCUGUUGUGAAGGUGAAUCGCUACCUGUGCAACACAAUCCAGGGAGACAAGAGAGUGAUGAUCCUGUUGGACGUUUCUGUCCUGGCCAAGGGUUCAGAUGUGGGACAGCGCCUAGGGAAUCCUCAACAGCUUAAGGCUCAACCAACUGCAGACAAGAAUGGCCAUAACUCCGCGCAGGUCCCUCCUCUGGUGCCGAAGCAGGAGCCUGGUGGUCAGAGUUACAUGGGUGUGAGCCAGAAGCAAAAUACCACCAAGCAGUCACCACCAGCAAACCCAUAUAAAGGGAACACUAACAAAGGAGCUGGAGGAAACUACAGUAUGAAGGGGCCUUCUACACCCACAACACCAGGCAGUAAUCGUGUACAUACCAUCUCCUCACUCACGCCCUACCAGAACAGAUGGAGAAUCAGGGCAAGAAUAACGCAGAAAGGCAGUGUAAGAACAUGGAGCAAUUCUCGAGGGGAAGGAAAGCUGUUCAGUGUCAAUUUUACAGAUGAGUCGGGAGAAAUUCGUGCAACAGGUUUCAAUGAGGCUGUAGACAAAUUCUACGACAUGCUGGAAAUGAAUAAGGUCUACUAUGUGAGUCGAGGAACACUGAAGACUGCCAAUAAACAGUACAGUAAUGUACAGAAUGACUAUGAGAUGACCUUUAAUCAGGACACGACCAUUGAGCCCUGCACAGAAGAUGUUGAUUUACCAGGCAUUAACUUCCAAUUUGUAGCCCUCAAAGAACUUGAUAGUAAAGAUGCCAAUUCUCUUGUAGAUGUGAUAGGAGUCGUAAAAAGCUGUAAUGAAGUAGGGACUGUGACCGGACGACAGAGUCAGAAGGAGAUUACGAAAAGGGACUUAACUCUGGUUGACCAAUCUGGCAUGUCAGUCAACCUGACACUAUGGGGAAAUGAGGCUGUGAAUUUUAAUGGAGAUGGUCACCCUGUUAUGGCUGUAAAGGGAGCACGUCUGUCAGAUUUUGGAGGAAGGUCUCUGUCUGUAUUAGCCAGUAGUCAGGUGUUAAUGAACCCCACUGACCUGAAGAUUGCUUUCCAAUUGAGAAGCUGGUUCGACUCGGAGGGACAAAGCAUUGACUUCCAGAGCUUUAGGGGUGAAGGUGGCAGUGGAUCAGGAAGUGGUACUAAUUGGAUGACCUUUGCUGAUGUCAAGUCUCAAAAUAUCGGGGGUGGAGAGAAGGCAGACUAUUUCACUUCUAAAGGAACCUUGAUCUUCCUGCGGAAGGAGAACUGCAUGUAUAAGGCUUGUCCAACAGAAAGCUGCAAUAAGAAACUAAUUGACCAAGGAAACGGCAUGUUCAGGUGUGAAAAGUGUUCCAGGGAAUUUCCCAAUUUCAAGUGGAGGAUGAUUUUGUCUGCCAAUCUCGCAGACUACUCGGACAACCAAUGGGUGACCUGUUUCCAGGAGUCUGCUGAGCUAUUACUGGGGAAGAAUGCUCAGGAACUUGGGGACAUGAAGGAUUCUGAUGAAGCUGCAUUUGAUCAAGUGUUCCAAGAUGCCAUGUUCAAGUCCUACAUUUUUAAAUUAAGAGCAAAAAUGGAGACCUACAAUGAUGAGACCAGAUUAAAGACAAUAUGUGUGAACGCGAACCCUGUCAACUGGAAAGAUUAUGGCCACCGCUUAGUGGAAGAAAUCAACAAACUUGCACUGUGAACAUGGACCUUGUGCUCGGUGAUAAUGUGAUCGUUGUAAUAACAUAUUUAUAUGUCAUAUGAUAGAGUAUUGAAACAGUUCCGUGCUCUUAAUAUGUGUGAUAGUGACAAAGAAGAAAACAAUACACAGAAGGAUGCUGUCACUAACAGACCAUGAAUUUGAUUGGUUAAAAACAUUAAAACAAAGUGUUUGUGGGUACGUUACACCACCAACUGUGUGUGUAUGCAUGUUGUACCAUUUGCCAAUUUGGAAGCAGAUGUUCUGUACAUGUCUGUAUAUAAAGGUAUACAUAAUGUAUAUAUAUAUAGAAGACUUCAUGAUGUGUAUCUGUUAGUAGUAUUGACCUUGUUCCUUGUGGCAUCUGGUUGAUGCAUUGACCUGUAAAUAGUGAAUUGAGAUAGUGCUAGAAUUUCAUAUAUUGGAUGUAUCAUCAGUUCGGUUCAUUUUAAAAUAAAUGUUCUGCUCUUGUACACCUGCAAACCUGUGUAAGUUAUGACAAAAGGCCCUGUACAAACUACCAUCCAUUAAUAUUUGACAAAUCUGCCACCUCGACAGAAUUUUGUGAUUACUUUUGAUGCUAGGUUUAAGUUAAUGUGUGACAACAUACCAGUGAAGGUUUUCAAUGUUUUGAUUUGGAUGCAGCUCCUCGAUAAUCUUUUGUCAUAUCUUUCAAGGAUGCAGACAAGGUAUAGAUAUCAAAAGCAAACAAAAGCCCUUGGAAUUGGGAAAAUUCUUAACAUUUUGAGAUGUACUUUCUGGAAGAUGUACUUCAUAGGUUAGAUGUGUUCUCAGCAUUACUUCAUACCAGUAAAUUAUGAAACUUGUGGAGAACUUGAUUUCUUAUUGUUAUUUCUUUGAUUUUUGUUUUAUUUACUUUGUGUGAUAAUCAUGUUCUAAUACAUUAUGAUGACAGGAAUAUUAAAUGCUGAACAAUGAUGUUGUUUAGAGAUAUUUUCAGUAGAAACAGCCAAUUGUUUUAAUUUUUUUGCAUGAAUCUAGACAGACAUUUUAAAAGCGUUUUUAUUGCAUUAUACCUAGAUUUUCUGUUAAACAGUUUUGAUUUCAUUCUACUAUGUUUAGGUGAUUGUUAGAGAACGUAAAGCAUCUACUAUGGCCAUGCAUAUUCAAUGAUUCCAGGUGUGAAUCAUAGUAUAUGUAUUGGGUUCGAGGAAGAGGGGAAGAGUGUAGUAGUUACAAUAAAUACAUGUACAUUCAUC